AUGAAAGUUGACUUGUAUUGGAGAACCUGGUAUGUAGCUACUGUGAUCACCACAGUAUUGGCGGCUACUAUCACCAUUUCAGAAACGACGACUAUUAGUACUACCAGUUAUGUUCAGGCGGGCACGAACAUGUUCUAUAUUCAGCCUACUGGUGCCUUGAUUGCACCUAAUGCUCGAAUCCUUACUUUUGGAAAUGAUUUGGCUAAUUAUGGAUCUAUCGAUAUUGAUUACACAGGCAAUUCGGCUAUCAGAAUCCCUGGAGGGAAUAACUAUGACACUGGAUUAAUUGACAUCGAUAUUACAGGUACAUUAAGCUUUUAUAAUUCAAGAACAUUUGUUAAUUACGGUACUAUCGACGCCUUUGCUGGUUUGGUUGAUAUCGAUUUAGGCAAGGGACUUUCAAUGACCACCACCAAUGAAGGCACAUUGAAAUUUACGAGCCGAAGUUCUCUUGAGUUCGACACCAACAGACUUUUUACCAACUUAGGUACAUUGGAUUUCAGCGCGGUAACACAAGGAAGUGUCACAUUUAGCGAACUUGACAAUUAUGGUAACAUAACUGUCGUUUCGCUGUCAGCCAAUGACGCAUUUGUUAUUGGGCUGAACCUCAACAACCAUGGAUAUAUCCAUUACAGUUAUGGCUCAAACAGCGGUAUUGCUUUCAACCUAAAUUCACAAAUGAAUAACACUGGCGUUAUUUACAUCUCGGGAACAACUGGCGCUUCCGAGUUUGACCAAGGCUUUGCUGUCAAUAAUGACGGAAGUAUUUGUCUUCUGCAUACCUUUUUCGAUCAGUCAGCGAAGUUUACUGGAACGGGAUGUGUUGUGGCAUCUAACUCAGGAUAUAUGAGCAUGGAUUUGUUCUUUGAGUUUCCGGUUACUCAAAGUAUUGUGCUCAACGACAUAAGUGCACGAGUCAAUAUCAAAUUUCAGGAUACUGGAACUAAGAUAUUCAGCCUCUUCGGAGUUGAAAGCGGGCAUACUUUUAUAACGAGUAGUGGAUUAGCUUCAAUUAGCGCCUCUCACACGUCAUACAACCCAGAAACUGGAAUCUUGACUUGCGGUCAGAGUGAUCUUUUUAAGUCAUAUUUUAACAUUGGCGUUGGCUACGACCCAUCGGGAUUCACUGUUGUGAGCAAUCUGAUUACAUACAAUGGGGAUCUUCCACUUCCAAGACCUUUUCCAGCUAUUUGUGUCUGCGCAGAUGAGAAGUUCACUCAGCCCGAUGAAGUUACCUCCUAUACAACAACGUGGACAACUACUAAUGACGCUGGCGCUACAACGACUCAAUCUGGUGUAGUCGUCAUCAUCAGUGAUGACAUUCCAUAUACCACUACAUCCGUAUUCCCCGAGCCAUUAGAGCCAACUUUGUAUACAUCCACAUGGCUCACCAGUGACUCGCUUGGAACAAUCCAUUUGGAAUCUGGAAUCAUUCUCGUCACUUCCGAUUCUGAAGGGCAAUUCUUCACUACCACUUCCGUAUUCUCUACUAAUAACCAGCAACCCAGUUACCUAACAACUUGGACUACUGAUGUCGAUGGUGCAACUGUGACCCAUUCUGGUUUAGUAAUUGUCACUACUGAUGAAUCUGGUGAUUUCAUCACUACUACGUCGCAAAUCGAAGGUCCUGACUUUACUUCGUACCUAACGACGUGGACUACUACUGAUGUCGAAGGCGCGACUGUCACCAAUUCUGGUUUAGUAAUUGUCACUACUGAUGAAUCUGGUGAUUUCAUCACUACUACGUCGCAAAUCGAAGGUCCUGACUUUACCUCGUACCUAACGACGUGGACUACUACUGAUGUCGAUGGCGCGACUGUCACCAAUUCUGGUUUAGUAAUUGUCACUACUAAUGAAUCUGGUGAUUUCAUCACUUCUACGUCGCAAAUCGAAGGUCCUGACUUUACUUCGUACCUAACGACGUGGACUACUACCAAUGUCGAUGGUGCGACUGUCACUAAUUCUGGUUUAGUAAUUGUCACUACUGAUGAAUCUGGUGAUUUCAUCACUACUACGUCGCAAAUCGAAGGUCCUGACUUUACUUCGUACCUAACGACGUGGACUACUACUGAUGUCGAAGGCGCGACUGUCACCAAUUCUGGUUUAGUAAUUGUCACUACUGAUGAAUCUGGUGAUUUCAUCACUACUACGUCGCAAAUCGAAGGUCCUGCUCUUACCUCGUACCUAACGACGUGGACUACUACUGAUGUCGAAGGCGCGACUGUCACCAAUUCUGGUUUAGUAAUUGUCACUACUGAUGAAUCUGGUGAUUUCAUCACUACUACGUCGCAAAUCGAAGGUCCUGCUCUUACCUCGUACCUAACGACGUGGACUACUACUGAUGUCGAAGGCGCGACUGUCACCAAUUCUGGUUUAGUAAUUGUCACUACUGAUGAAUCUGGUGAUUUCAUCACUACUACGUCGCAAAUCGAAGGUCCUGACUUUACUUCGUACUUAACGACGUGGACUACUACUGAUGUCGAAGGCGCGACUGUCACUAAUUCUGGUUUAGUAAUUGUCACUACUAAUGAAUCUGGCGAUUUCAUCACCUCAACUUCCCUUGCUGGUCCUGCUCUUACUUCGUACCUAACGACGUGGAUUACUACUGAUGUCGAUGGUGCGACUGUCACUAAUUCUGGUUUAGUAAUUGUCACUACUGAUGAAUCUGGUGAUUUCAUCACUACUACGUCGCAAAUCGAAGGUCCUGACUUUACUUCGUACCUAACGACGUGGACUACUACUGAUGUCGAAGGCGCGACUGUCACCAAUUCUGGUUUAGUAAUUGUCACUACUGAUGAAUCUGGUGAUUUCAUCACUACUACGUCGCAAAUCGAAGGUCCUGACUUUACCUCGUACCUAACGACGUGGACUACUACUGAUGUCGAAGGCGCGACUGUCACCAAUUCUGGUUUAGUAAUUGUCACUACUAAUGAAUCUGGUGAUUUCAUCACCUCAACUUCCCUUGCUGGUCCUGCUCUUACUUCGUACCUAACGACGUGGACUACUACUGAUGUCGAAGGCGCGACUGUCACCAAUUCUGGUUUAGUAAUUGUCACUACUGAUGAAUCUGGUGAUUUCAUCACUACUACGUCGCAAAUCGAAGGUCCUGACUUUACUUCGUACCUAACGACGUGGACUACUACUGAUGUCGAAGGCGCGACUGUCACCAAUUCUGGUUUAGUAAUUGUCACUACUGAUGAAUCUGGUGAUUUCAUCACUACUACGUCGCAAAUCGAAGGUCCUGCUCUUACCUCGUACCUAACGACGUGGACUACUACCAAUGUCGAUGGUGCGACUGUCACUAAUUCUGGUUUAGUAAUUGUCACUACUGAUGAAUCUGGUGAUUUCAUCACUACUACGUCGCAAAUCGAAGGUCCUGACUUUACCUCGUACCUAACGACGUGGACUACUACUGAUGUCGAAGGCGCGACUGUCACCAAUUCUGGUUUAGUAAUUGUCACUACUGAUGAAUCUGGUGAUUUCAUCACUACUACGUCGCAAAUCGAAGGUCCUGACUUUACUUCGUACUUAACGACGUGGACUACUACUGAUGUCGAAGGCGCGACUGUCACCAAUUCUGGUUUAGUAAUUGUCACUACUAAUGAAUCUGGCGAUUUCAUCACCUCAACUUCCCUUGCUGGUCCUGCUCUUACUUCGUACCUAACGACGUGGAUUACUACUGAUGUCGAUGGUGCGACUGUCACUAAUUCUGGUUUAGUAAUUGUCACUACUAAUGAAUCUGGCGAUUUCAUCACUUCUACGUCGCAAAUCGAAGGUCCUGACUUUACUUCGUACCUAACGACGUGGACUACUACCAAUGUCGAUGGUGCGACUGUCACCAAUUCUGGUUUAGUAAUUGUCACUACUGAUGAAUCUGGUGAUUUCAUCACUACUACGUCGCAAAUCGAAGGUCCUGCUCUUACCUCGUACCUAACGACGUGGACUACUACUGAUGUCGAAGGCGCGACUGUCACCAAUUCUGGUUUAGUAAUUGUCACUACUGAUGAAUCUGGUGAUUUCAUCACUACUACGUCGCAAAUCGAAGGUCCUGACUUUACUUCGUACUUAACGACGUGGACUACUACUGAUGUCGAAGGCGCGACUGUCACCAAUUCUGGUUUAGUAAUUGUCACUACUAAUGAAUCUGGCGAUUUCAUCACCUCAACUUCCCUUGCUGGUCCUGCUCUUACUUCGUACCUAACGACGUGGAUUACUACUGAUGUCGAUGGUGCGACUGUCACUAAUUCUGGUUUAGUAAUUGUCACUACUAAUGAAUCUGGCGAUUUCAUCACCUCAACUUCCCUUGCUGGUCCUGCUCUUACUUCGUACUUAACGACGUGGACUACUACUGAUGUCGAAGGCGCGACUGUCACUAAUUCUGGUUUAGUAAUUGUCACUACUAAUGAAUCUGGUGAUUUCAUCACUACUACGUCGCAAAUCGAAGGUCCUGACUUUACCUCGUACCUAACGACGUGGACUACUACUGAUGUCGAAGGCGCGACUGUCACCAAUUCUGGUUUAGUAAUUGUCACUACUAAUGAAUCUGGCGAUUUCAUCACUACUACGUCGCAAAUCGAAGGUCCUGACUUUACUUCGUACCUAACGACGUGGACUACUACUGAUGUCGAAGGCGCGACUGUCACCAAUUCUGGUUUAGUAAUUGUCACUACUAAUGAAUCUGGUGAUUUCAUCACUACUACGUCGCAAAUCGAAGGUCCUGACUUUACUUCGUACCUAACGACGUGGACUACUACCGAUGUCGAAGGCGCGACUGUCACUAAUUCUGGUUUAGUAAUUGUCACUACUAAUGAAUCUGGCGAUUUCAUCACUUCUACGUCGCAAAUCGAAGGUCCUGCUCUUACCUCGUACCUAACGACGUGGACUACUACUGAUGUCGAAGGCGCGACUGUCACCAAUUCUGGUUUAGUAAUUGUCACUACUAAUGAAUCUGGUGAUUUCAUCACUACUACGUCGCAAAUCGAAGGUCCUGACUUUACUUCGUACCUAACGACGUGGACUACUACUGAUGUCGAAGGCGCGACUGUCACCAAUUCUGGUUUAGUAAUUGUCACUACUAAUGAAUCUGGCGAUUUCAUCACCUCAACUUCCCUUGCUGGUCCUGCUCUUACUUCGUACUUAACGACGUGGACUACUACUGAUGUCGAAGGCGCGACUGUCACUAAUUCUGGUUUAGUAAUUGUCACUACUAAUGAAUCUGGCGAUUUCAUCACCUCAACUUCCCUUGCUGGUCCUGCUCUUACUUCGUACCUAACGACGUGGAUUACUACUGAUGUCGAUGGUGCGACUGUCACUAAUUCUGGUUUAGUAAUUGUCACUACUAAUGAAUCUGGCGAUUUCAUCACCUCAACUUCCCUUGCUGGUCCUGCUCUUACUUCGUACCUAACGACGUGGACUACUACCAAUGUCGAUGGUGCGACUGUCACCAAUUCUGGUUUAGUAAUUGUCACUACUAAUGAAUCUGGUGAUUUCAUCACUACUACGUCGCAAAUCGAAGGUCCUGACUUUACUUCGUACCUAACGACGUGGAUUACUACUGAUGUCGAUGGUGCGACUGUCACCAAUUCUGGUUUAGUAAUUGUCACUACUAAUGAAUCUGGCGAUUUCAUCACCUCAACUUCCCUUGCUGGUCCUGCUCUUACUUCGUACUUAACGACGUGGACUACUACUGAUGUCGAAGGCGCGACUGUCACCAAUUCUGGUUUAGUAAUUGUCACUACUAAUGAAUCUGGCGAUUUCAUCACCUCAACUUCCCUUGCUGGUCCUGCUCUUACUUCGUACUUAACGACGUGGACUACUACUGAUGUCGAAGGCGCGACUGUCACUAAUUCUGGUUUAGUAAUUGUCACUACUAAUGAAUCUGGCGAUUUCAUCACCUCAACUUCCCUUGCUGGUCCUGCUCUUACUUCGUACCUAACGACGUGGAUUACUACUGAUGUCGAUGGUGCGACUGUCACUAAUUCUGGUUUAGUAAUUGUCACUACUAUUGAAUCUGGCGAUUUCAUCACUUCUACGUCGCAAAUCGAAGGUCCUGACUUUACUUCGUACCUAACGACGUGGACUACUACUGAUGUCGAAGGCGCGACUGUCACCAAUUCUGGUUUAGUAAUUGUCACUACUAAUGAAUCUGGCGAUUUCAUCACCUCAACUUCCCUUGCUGGUCCUGCUCUUACUUCGUACUUAACGACGUGGACUACUACUGAUGUCGAAGGCGCGACUGUCACUAAUUCUGGUUUAGUAAUUGUCACUACUAAUGAAUCUGGUGAUUUCAUCACUACUACGUCGCAAAUCGAAGGUCCUGACUUUACUUCGUACCUAACGACGUGGACUACUACCGAUGUCGAAGGCGCGACUGUCACUAAUUCUGGUUUAGUAAUUGUCACUACUGAUUCACUGGGGACAUUAAUGACUAUUACUUCGGUUUUGUCGAAUACCUUCCAAACUGGAGUCAGGUCUUACAUUACAACAUGGACAGCUACUAAGUCUGAGGGUGCUACUGCAACUUUUUCUGGUUUGGUUGUGGAAUCGACUAAUGAUAUUGGAUCUGUGCUUAUCUCAACCUCAGAAUAUCCCCAGCUGAAUGCAGCGGAGGCAUACCAGAUUACUUGGACAAAUACAAACUAUGAAGGUAUUACUGUUACUGAAUCUGGUAUCGGUUUUGUUUCGGCUGACUCCGCUGGACACUUUUUAACGUCUACAUCAACUUUUGCUUAUACAAAUCCUUCUGACCAAACAAAAUUUACUACUUGGACGACAGUUAAUCCUGAUGGAAUAACUAUCACCGAAUCCGGAAUAGUAUUAGUUACUAGAGAGACAUCGGGAGGAUUGUUUACGCCAACUUCUGUGAUCCCUCCAAGCGGACCUGUUAGCAUCAGUUCAUUUUCUACUGCAUUUGCAUCAACAAACGCAGUUAAGCUGCUCCCAAACAGUGGAGAGAACCACCCAUCAACGGCCGAAAUUGAAGCGAAGAUCUUCACAACUGUUUAUUUCACAGAUUUCGAAGGCGCGACUAUUGAGGUGACCGUCAAACCAACGGAAAUCACGGAUGAUCCUACUUUGAGCACCACCUUCCAAAGCAUAACAUUUAGUAGUUCCGCAAGAUUUGAACUGUUAGAAGGAAAGGCUCAAUCGGAUCGGAUCAAUUAUGGUCUCCACUUCAUAUUUAUCAUAAUUGCUUUGGUCUGA